GGCGGUACAGUCGUCGGUAGCGCUGUAUAUAGGUUUUACGCGUAUAGCGCGCGGGCUGUUGUGCGAUCGCGCGAUUCACGGCCUACACGGUCACACGGGAACGGUGGAGGAGAAGGAGGACCGCGAUUCGGCAAAAUAGAUCGGCACCGAAAACGGGAACAGGAGGAUAAUAAUAUUAUUGUACCAGAAAAAUCAUAGUUAAUACGGACAGAGCGGUUCGAUCGCGUCCGCAUAGGUAUAUACGCGAUAAAACAACAACAACAACAACAACAACAACAACAACGAUAAUAAUAAUAGUAUUUAUCAUCCCCCAAAGCGCGCAUUCAGCGUAGUAUAUUAUUAUAUGAUAACUAUAUAGUGGCACACAAUAAUAACUAUUAAGUAAUAACAACAUCAUACACGUUAUGUGUGCGUGACAAUCACAUAACGACACGACAACGGAUAUCGUACAGCAUAGAUCGCUGGAUUGCUGGAUCGCUGGAUCGUGGUCAUCGCCGUCGUCGAGAUGCAACCUCCUCCCAGGAAAGGAAAUUAUGUCAAGUUUUUAAAAAAUCUUCAUUCGGAACAAAUAGCAAAAUUACUUUUGAAAAACCAAAACGAAUGCGAUUUGUUGGAGGACAUAAGGAGUUUUUUGAUCAAAAAAUCUUCCAUAGAGAAAUCAUAUUCUGAUGCAUUACUUAAAAUAUCUGUUGCUUUUUUGAACAAGAAAAUUGCUAAUAUACCGGACAUAAAGACUGAAGGCAGUGAAGAAAAAUGGAAUAUGUGGAAUGUGUGGCGAACAGUUCUUGAAGAAAACGAAACAGCUGCAAAAGCACGAUUAGAAGCAAUCGAAGUCUUACAAAACCAAAUAAAUGACGAGGCGAAAGCUCUUCGAGCGCAUAAACUCCAGAUUGCAAAAAAAUGUACAGAUCAUUUAGCAUUGGUACAAAAAGAGCUUCAUUCUUCGGUUCAAGAUGUAGAUAAAACGAAAAAGUUUUAUUUCGACGAAGAACAAAGUGCUCAUGAAGUGAGAGACAAGGCUAAGGAUAUAGAAGAAAAGUUAAAGAAAAAAAAAGGAUCGUUCUUCCAGUCAAUCACUUCUUUACAAAAGAACAGUGUGAAAGUGUCUUCCAGAAGAGAAGUUUUGGAAGAGAAAUCUUCGGGAGCUAGAAACGAUUAUUUACUGAGUCUGGCAGCUGCAAAUGCUCAUCAGACACGAUAUUUUUUGGUUGACCUUCAAAAUGUAAUGAAUACUAUGGAACACAAUGUUUAUGAAAAAGUACAAGAAUAUUUGUCAUUACUAAGUAAAAUCGAGCUUCUUACGUGUACUGUUGUUCAUAAUUCGUUUAAGAAAGUCAGAGACCAAGCGCAACAAUUGAGUCGUGAGUACAACAUGCAAUGUGUAUACCUCUUCUAUCCCGUGUUGAAGCAACAUGUUCAAUACCAAUUUGAACCUUGUGACGGAGACGGUAUAGAUCACAUUACAGCGGAUCACGGUGGUGUGGUGACUAUACUUAGCCAAGAAGCGAAAAGGUGGGCUACACGAAUAAUUAGGGAGACGAAUAACAUCAAAGAAAACACUAGAAAACUACAAGUCUUCCAAGCUCUCAAGGAUUCUGGACAAAAGAACGACCCGAAUGAUCCAAAUGGAGCUGAUUUGGAAACUAAAAUAGAAUCUUUGAAAAACAGCAUUCGAAGAUCUGAAAUAGCCAAAGCUAAAGCUGAAUCUCGUAUUGAGUGUUUGAGAAAUGGAGAUGGAAAUGUUAAUGUCGAAGAAUGGCUAGCUGACAUGGGCGAUAUAAAUGCCGAACUUCAACGAUCAAAUAGUACAUCUUCAUUACCAAUUGAUGGAGGUACAACUAGUGCAAUGACAUCUGACUAUGAUAGUGAGGAUUACGGAGACGGACCUUCAGACAGUCCAGUACCAUCCGAUCAGCCACAGUCGUCCUCUCAAGAUGAAGAAGAUCGACCAGAUUCGGCGGAAAUUGAUAAAGAUUGGGCACUUGUGGAAAAAGAACGACAACGUAUUGAACAAUUAACAGCUGGUUGGGACGAUCCGACUCAGGUAAAUUGGGAAGAAAAUCGUGACACUGAAGAAAAAACUAUGUAUCCUCAAACUGCUCCAGAAGAACCCGAAGGCCCCGUGUACAAAUGUACUGCGUUGUACAGCUAUACUGGCCAACAUCCUGAUGAGUUAAGCAUCGUUGAAAAUGAGCAGCUCGAAGUGUUUAGCGUAGACAGUGAUAAUUACGGUUGGUCAAAAGCCAGAAAUUACAAAGGUGAAGUAGGGUAUGUACCAUCUAAUUAUCUGGAUAUCGAACAAGAAACGUGUGAUCCAGAAACACACGAUACUCCUACCACAUACCAACUUAGAUCACAGAUUAGCUUUUCCUCGGUGGACUAUAUGGUAAACGACGAAGCGGCAAAUCAAUUACAGCACUGUCAGUCUGACGAAGACGUUGAAGCUGAAGAACAAUCAUCAGAAAAAAGCAUCACUACAGUGUGGGAAAAGAAAGACGGAGGCAUCAUAGAGGUACCGUCAUAUUGUAUAGCCCUCUUCGAUUAUGACGGAAAUGAUCCCGAAGAACUGGCUAUGAAAGAAGGCCAAAUUAUUAAAGUGGUCGACAAGACUACACACGUAGACGAUGGGUGGUGGGUAGGCGAGUUGGGUAGCAUGAUGGGACAUUUUCCGUCAUGCUUAGUGAAAGAAUGUUACGAGAACGGUGACCUAGUACCCACACCAACAUCUGAAAAUGGAGACAGUGAUUUUUCGAACGAAGAUCAUCCUGAGUUUGUAACAAGUGGUCCACCACCGCCACCACCACCAAUAUGUACACCACCCGAAUUACCACCAACACAUUUGUUCGCGACUCAAGUGAUUGUCACCCAACCUACUCCAAUCGGUGAUCAUGGACCCCCUGGAAGUUUUGCUCCAGAAGUGCCACCCAAAUCGAAUGAAUUUUCUAUGGUGAUAACUCAAAAUCAACAAGAACAGUAUGAAACUCAGUUUACGGAGGAGCCUUCUGAUACAGUAUCGAUAAACGUGCCCGGUGUACCACAACUAUUUAUAGAAAAUGAGGACGACUGUUCAGGACCUCCUGACGCUCCCCCUCCACCGGCACCUGCGCCCGCGUCCGACGGGCUGGGCGUCGCUCAAAUCGUCAUCACUGCUGCCACGCCAAUGAUGGAAGAACCGGAAAAGCCGUUCGGCCAAGAGUCGGCUACGGUUGAGGCCGAAGCUGAACCACCCAGUGCGGAGGUCCAAUCGGAUUCGAAAUCGGAAGAAGAGCACCGUAUGAGUGUGGAUAGUGAUUACUUUCCGGCCACAAUACCGGAAGAAUCUGAAGACGAUCUGAAGUUGCUUGAGACCGAUCAUCAUGCCGACACGGGUUUGCCGUCGGAGCUCGAACCCGGACAACUGGCCAAACUUCACGAUCUUAAAGAGUCAAACGCUUAGAUACAUUUUUUCAUCGUCUUAUUAUUUAUUUUUCAAGGUCAACUAUAUAUAUUAUUUUUAAGGCUCUACCUAUUAUAUAUUAAGACUAAGUAUUCUUGUUUAUGACGUUAUCGAUCGGUAGGUCUUCAAACCUAUAACACUAUUGCUAUAUAAUAUUAUAAACUAAAUGCUUACGUUAUGAUAUAUGCAACACAUAAAACGAUACCUAUGUGAUUGUAUGUUAUAGUGUUAUAUACGUUUCUAUUUUAGUAGUAAAAUGUUAACUGUCAAUAAUAUUACAUUUCCUUAAAACACGUAUCUUAUUAAAAGUAUUUAUAUUAAUUCUGAAGCACCUUUAGAGACAAAAUUAAAGGUUAAUUUGUUCUUCGUAUUAUUCUUCUUGUUAAUAGUAUUAUUUUCGAUAGGGUAGAAAAUAAUUAUUAUGAAUCUUAUAAUUUUUAUAAAUGGCAAACGUACCUAUUAUAUUAUUAUGUGACAUCUAAAUAUUAAUAAAAAUGUAUUUUCUAUUCUCAGUUUACGUGUAACUACCAAUAUUGAUUCACCCCAAAGAAUAAAGAUAUUUUGAUGAGUUGGUA